AUUUUACCCGCCUCUUGCGUCAUGAUAUACGAUUAAAGUGGGUAAAUAAUCAUCUUAGCUACAUUAGUUAUUCCACUAUUGUGGGCAAUCCUCGUUGAGUCGCAUCAUUGUGGAUAAUUUUUAUAGCAUCACUGCCUCAGCUGCUGAACUUUUGAGCGUUUUGAUCUCACCGCUAAGAGGGAUUAUUCUAUAAGAAACGACGAGCUCAGAAACUGAUCCACGUUACUUGGCAAGGGUUGGAUGGCCUUUAUCUAAAAGAAUCCGCAGCGAUAACGAUAUCUUCUCGCCAUAUCUCGGCUUUAUACGCGGAGGGAAUAUUCACUUCAUUCAACCUACUUGAGACUUCGCUUUCUCAGUGGCGAGAUUGAGCUUCACAAUGGCGACAGACACAAGUCAAAAGACUCUCUCUUCGAGGACCUAUACCCUCAACACCGGAGCCAAGAUACCUGCCGUUGGUUUCGGCACUUUUGCCAAUGAGGGGGCCAAGGGCGAGACAUACGCAGCUGUUACGAAGGCUUUGGAUGUCGGAUAUCGGCACCUCGACUGUGCGUGGUUUUAUCACAAUGAAGACGAAGUUGGCGACGCGAUAAGAGAUUUCCUCGCUCGUCGACCCGAUGUAACCCGCAAGGAUUUGUUUAUCUGCACAAAGGUUUGGAACCAUCUUCACGAACCAGAGGAUGUGAAGUGGAGCGCCAAGAAUUCAUGCGAAAACCUCAAGGUUGACUACAUUGACCUGUUUCUUGUGCAUUGGCCAAUUGCGGCUGAGAAGAAUGCGGACAGGACGGUGAAGCUAGGCCCGGAUGGGAAAUACGUCAUCAACAAGGCCUUGACGGAAAAUCCUGAGCCAACAUGGCGGGCUAUGGAGGAACUGGUUGACAGCGGCAUCGUGAAGGCGAUCGGCGUAUCCAACUGGACUAUACCAGGGCUGAAGACGCUUCUAGGACUCGCAAGAAUCAAGCCAGCAGUGAACCAGAUUGAAAUCCAUCCUUUCCUACCCAACGAAGAGCUCGUGGCGUUCUGCUUCCAAAACGGAAUCUUGCCCGAGGCCUACUCACCCCUGGGUUCACAAAAUCAAGUGCCAACGACUGGAGAGCGAGUGCGGGAUAAUCCAACUCUCAACGCGGUUGCAGAUCGAAGCGGUUACAGCCUUGCUCAGAUUCUCCUGGCUUGGGGUCUAAAGAGAGGUUAUGUUGUUCUACCCAAGAGCUCAACCCCAAGUCGCAUUGAGAGCAAUUUCAUAAUUCCGGACUUGAGUGACGAGGACUUUGCAGCGAUUGAAAAAGUUGCGGAAGGACGACAUGUUCGGUUUGUGAAUAUGAAGGAUACUUUUGGUUACGACGUUUGGCCUGAAGACAAAUAAGUUAGUGUAAAUGAAUCAUUCGGUUCACAAAAAGAGAUUCAGAUCUCACCGGGCUAUAGGGACAGCAGAGCGUGCAUAUUUGUGACAUGCAAAUUUAUUAUGUAGGAUAACAAAGGCUUUAUAAUUAAAAGGUUACGCAGAAAAUGGACAAGAGUCUU